AUGCGAUCUUCUAUCAUCUCGCUCGCUCUUACGGGCGCAGCCGGUUUCGCCAACGCUGAGUCGGCACCAGCCAAGAAGAGGUGCUCGUCUGUGUUUCCCUCUUCCAGCUCCGUCGUUGGCUCUUCGUCUGCAACAGUAUCGGAAACCGUUCUAUUCCCUAGCGCCACGUCUUCGUCAACACUCUCGGAUUCCGAUUCAUUUACGAGCUCUCUCAUCAUCAUCAGCAGCAGCAGCAGCAUCAGCAUUACUUUGGCCGGAUCCAGCUCCACAAGCACAUCCUCGUCCACGGUAACGACUUCCCCCGCCGCGGUGCAGACGGUCGUAAAUGACGUGGGCAAUGGUGACUUUGGUGCAUACGACCCAAACAGUCCAGGCGGGAUUGCAAACUGGGAAUCUCAGAACUGCGAGAUCAACUUGAACUAUGGCUACUCUCGAGACGGCUCCUCUGGAAAUGGCUGUGUUCAGAUGACUGCAGCACCCACAAAGAAGCGUGAUAUUAGCAAGCGCGAAGAUUAUACGGCCAUGAUAAUGCAGCGGCUGCAGGACGUCGACGCAACAACAGAGUACACCAUUCGCUUCUACUAUACCAUUCUCUCCAAUACGUUGGCGAAUACUUGUAGGAUGGAGGCUUAUUAUGGCGAUGCCCUUCUGACACAUUCCGACUACUUCGACGUUGUUACCGACGCUGUGCCGGGUAAUACCCCCUGGAUCAAACUCGUGGAUGAGGCAACACUUUCCAGUUCGGAUGGGUACAUUCGAUUCCAGCUAACUUGUACCGGCGGGGGAAAUGCCGUGGUCUUCAUCGACGAAGUGUUCGUUUCGAACAAGGUCGAUGCCACCGACGUUGAUAACAUUUCUCUAAUCUAUACGUCAACUGGGUCCGCCACGACGAGUACCUCUACAACCUCAACCAGCACUUCAGAAGUUGCGUCGCUCGUGAGCUCCGCAAGUAUAUUUGAAUCCAAAAUCGACAUAAGCAGUACCGCCAGUUACUCCGCUCCGAUUGCAUCUGGCUCGAUAUGGACCUCUGGUUCCAUGGUACUACCUACCUCUGUAUCUGAGCUGUCAUCUUCAUCCUCGUCAACAUCGAUGUCUUCAUCUACAGCCACUUCACCUACGGCUGGGUCCCUGGCAGCCUCUCCAACUGUAUGCGUCGCGUCGGCAACGGCGACCUCGGGCUUAACUUGUGGUAGUAAGAUUUACAGCAACAAGGCCUACUACAAGCGGGUGCAAGUGAGCGAUGUCACGCGAGAUCAGUGCGCUGCCGCCUGUCUUGCAGACUCGAACUGUCAAUCGAUCUCAUAUUACUCUACACAGACCUGCAGCGCUACCUGCUUCUUGCAAAGCGCCAGUGUAGCGGCCAUGGGUUACACCUUUCAGUUCGGGAAUGGAUUUCCUCAGGUGUGGGACAAAGGCUGCUUCACUCAGACCACCUGUAGUGCUCCUGCCGAAGGCUCUGUUUGUGUCGACAAGAUGGGAAGCGCGCCAGCCUCGACGUGUAAAAGUACGUUCAUGGGGACGGCCAAGUCCUGCGCUCAACCAUUCGCUACUGCGACUGUCAGCGCUCAGUGUGGCGCGGGGGCUUGCAUGGCACUCUGCAAGCAGUAUCCUUCUUGCAAGUCCUUCUCGACAAACUAUGGUGGCAGCGUUACUUGCAACUUCUACUCAGGUGAACUCAGCGAGGUUGCGGAAUCUGGGUCUGGCUCUACAAUCUUUUCUGACAUUUCUUGCUAUGAAUGUGGUUCUGGUUCAUCCGUAUUCAACUGGCUUACUCCUCUUGCCGAUCCGAGCUCUAUGCCCGACCUGAGUGCUUGCUCUGCUAGCAGCUCUUCUAGUAGCUCAAGUAUCGAAUCUUCGACGAUUACAACGAGCGUUGCUGAGAUCACGUCUUCAUCGCUCUCUUCUACAGAUGCUACGACUACCACGCCAUCCACGACGGCUGCCACCACUACAACUGCCUCAUCGUGCGUGACUUGCACGGCAGCAUUGUUAGCCCCUGCUGGUACUACAUGUGGCGUACAAGGCGAGGUUCUUUACGAAGACGCAUACGGAGUGUGGGGUGCAAGCCAAAACUCGAUGAUGGACUGCGCUGCCAUCUGCUACAAAGAUUCGUCGUGUAAGGCGUACGGGUACCGCGCAAACAGUAAUCCUUCCUUGGGAUGUGCAUUCAUCCAAUCCAGCCUUUCACAAGCUGGAUUCUCCGCCUCGUCUUCUUCCAACUACUACUGGAGCGAUAAGAGCUGCGCCAGUUGCGGCAACAGUUGCGCUUCGUCGUCUUCCUCGGCCAUUGACUCUAUGGUCACAUCAAGCUCUACCAGUCCUUCCGCGACAUCAAGCAUGGCCAUCACCAGCACAGUGUCUUCCUCUGCCUCGGCCGCAUGCACCAGCUGCACUGCCGCCAACCCGGUGCCCAGCGCCAGUGGCGUAGCUUGCGCUAAGAAAGGCACUGUCGCAAAUUACACUCCUUAUAGCUUCACCUGGGCUGAGCAUCCUGGACAAAACUCUUUGAUGGAAUGCGCAGCCAUUUGCUCCCAGGUCUCCGGUUGCAAGGCUUACGCUUUGGAUGUCUACUACGUCGGCUGCAAGUUCCUCGAUUACAGCUUGACAGAUGCUGGAUUCGCAUCAUCAGAUACCUCAACCGUCUACUGGAGUGACAUGGAAUGUGCUGCCUGCGGAGUCGGAUGCUCCUCAUCAUCAGAUAUUGCCUCUCCUACACCUUUUUCGUCUUAUGCGUCCAUGAGCACCACCCUAUCAACGUCGAUUCUGGUUGGUUACUCACAGAGCACCGGGAUCCCAACCUCUACAUCAAGCAGUAUCGUGGGAUACCCACCCAGCACUGCCACUUCUUCUUCUGCUUCAGCCUCUGCAUCUUCGUCGAGCCUUUGCUCUGCGCCUAAGGCUAAACUGGAGGAGGGAGUUAUUUGCGGUCUCCCGUCCUCUCAAGCCAGUUCAAGCGCUAUUGAGGUACUGUCAAGCCCGAGCAGUUUGUACGAAUGCGCGUCCCAGUGCCUGCUCAACGCGAACUGUUCGAGUUUCCGGUUCUCCACCUUGGAUGCCUCGUGUUGGUUGUAUGAGGCAUCAAUGGCCAACAACGGGUUGGACUACACCCCAAGCAGUAAGAACUGGUUCUACGACAGGGAGUGCUUUUCGUGCGCCUGA